CCUUUUCCCCCGCGGCUGCCUUCCUUUCUAUCGCUCUGUCGCGCACGCGCUCUGCCGAGAGAAGCGAGCGCGUGAAUCGCUUUGGUUGGUGUCUGCCGCCCGCGCGGCCCGUCCUUGGUGCUCGGCCUCCGCCCCUCCCUCCCUUCGACGCCGGCGGAGGCGGCCCAAGAUGGCGGGUGCGGCGGCGGCGGCGCCGCUGCUGCUGACGACGGCGACGAGGAGGAGCCCGGCCCGGCGCGAGCCACAAUAGAGAGGCGCGCGAGGAGAACGGGCGAGCGCGCGGCAGCGGAGUGGAGCGGAGGGCGCCCGGGUCUAGCAUGGUCGGGGUCCGCCGCCGCCUCCCGCCCUCCGCCGCCCCCACCUGACCGGACCUGUCCCGUCGGCCGUCAGCAUGGGCGAGAGGCUGGAGCUCCGGCUCAAGUCGCCCGUCGGAGCCGAGCCGGCCGUCUACCCCUGGCCCCUGCCCGUCUACGACAAACACCACGAUGCUGCUCAUGAAAUCAUUGAGACAAUUCGGUGGGUCUGUGAAGAAAUUCCGGACCUCAAGCUUGCUAUGGAAAACUACGUUUUAAUUGACUAUGAUACUAAAAGCUUUGAAAGCAUGCAAAGGCUUUGUGACAAAUACAAUCGCGCCAUUGACAGCAUUCACCAGUUGUGGAAAGGAACCACCCAGCCCAUGAAACUGAACACGCGCCCCUCCAACGGGCUUCUCCGCCAUAUCCUUCAGCAAGUGUAUAACCACUCAGUAACGGACCCAGAAAAACUCAACAACUAUGAGCCCUUUUCUCCAGAAGUGUACGGAGAGACUUCCUUUGACUUGGUGGCCCAAAUGAUAGAUGAGAUCAAAAUGACAGAAGAUGAUUUGUUUGUGGACUUGGGCAGUGGUGUGGGUCAAGUUGUUCUGCAAGUUGCUGCAGCCACAAACUGCAAACAUCACUAUGGGGUGGAGAAAGCUGAUAUUCCUGCCAAAUAUGCAGAGACCAUGGACAAAGAAUUCAGAAAAUGGAUGAAAUGGUAUGGGAAAAAACACGCAGAAUACACACUGGAAAGAGGUGAUUUCCUCUCAGAAGAAUGGCGAGAGAGAAUCGCUAACACAAGCGUUAUUUUUGUGAAUAAUUUUGCCUUUGGACCUGAGGUGGAUCACCAGUUAAAGGAACGAUUUGCAAACAUGAAGGAAGGUGGCCAAAUUGUAUCAUCAAAACCGUUUGCACCGCUAAACUUCAGAAUAAACAGUCGAAACUUGAGUGAUAUUGGCACUAUAAUGAGAGUUGUGGAAUUAUCACCACUGAAAGGGUCUGUUUCAUGGACCGGGAAACCAGUUUCUUACUACCUGCAUACUAUUGAUCGAACCAUACUUGAAAACUACUUCUCUAGUCUCAAAAAUCCAAAACUCAGGGAGGAACAAGAGGCAGCUAGGCGCCGGCAGCAGAGAGAGAACAAGAGCAACACGACAACCCCAACUAAAGUCCAAGAAAGCAAGGAUGAUGGUGCUGAAGAAGAGAAGAAUCCUGGGGCCAACACUGUCAAAAAGCCAUCUCCGUCCAAAGCACGCAAGAAGAAACUGAGCAAAAAGGGAAGGAAAAUGGCAGGCCGGAAGCGCGGGCGCCCCAAGAAAAUGAAUGUUGUGAAUCCGGAGCGCAAGACCAAGAAGAGCCAAACCGCACUGGAGCUUCUCCAUGCUCAAGCUGUGUCACAGACAUGCUCAUCCUCUCCUCAGGAUGCAUACAGGUCACCUCAUAGUCCAUUUUACCAACUACCUCCUAAAGUGCAGCGGCAUUCAUCAAACCAGCUCUUGGUGACUCCUACCCCACCUGCACUGCAGAAGCUGCUAGACUCUUUCAAGAUCCAGUACAUGCAAUUCAUGGCAUACAUGAAGACUCCUCAGUACAAAGAGAACCUUCAGCAACUGCUGGAACAGGAAAAGGAAAAGAAUACACACUUGAUGGGGAAAGCACAGCAGUUGUUUACUCAUUGCCAAGCUCAGAAAGAAGAAAUAAAGCGGCUGUUCCAGCAGAAGCUAGAUGAGCUGGGAGUUAAGGCGUUGACCUACAAUGACCUAAUUCAAGCUCAGAAAGAGAUUUCUGCUCACAACCAGCAGCUUAAAGAGCAGACCAAGCAGCUGGAGAAAGACAACGGGGAACUCAGGAACCAGAGUCUGCAGCUGCUGAAGGCCAGGUGCGAAGAAUUGAAGCUGGACUGGUCCACACUGUCCCUGGAGAACCUGCUGAAAGAAAAGCAGGCACUGAAGAACCAGAUCUCCGAGAAGCAAAAGCAUUGCUUGGAAUUGCAGAUUAGCAUCGUGGAACUUGAGAAAAGCCAAAGGCAGCAAGAACUCCUGCAGCUGAAAUCGUGCAUGCCUCCUGACGAAUCGCUGCCGGUGCAGCCACGCCACAAAAACCAUCUGAAUCGUGAGCCAGAGCCUGACCACAGCCUGUUCCAACUGGAGCUGGAGUGCCCCAAGUUCCCAGUACCCCAUAUCAAUGGUAUGAGCCCUGAGCUGUCCAUGAACGGUCACGCCACACCGUAUGAGGUCCAUCAUGCUCUCAGCAGGCCCUCCUCCAAGCAGAGCACCCCUCAGUAUGCAACAUCACACCUGGACCAAGACAUCGUCCCUUGUACCCCAAACCACAACUGUAGGCAGAAACCAGACAAGGCCUCAAGCUUGUCCUUACCGGAUUACACCAGAUUCUCCCCAGCCAAGAUAGCCCUACGGAGGCACUUGAACCAGGACCAAACAGGCAGUGCAAAAUUGACAACGAAUGAAAACCAUCACAGAACAGAGCAUAUAAAAGAGAACGGCAUUACAUUUCCGAGCCCUACAAUACCAAAUGGCAUAAAGAUGAGCCCUCAGGAACCCCGUCCCUCUUCACCGGCAGCUGUGCCAGUUGCUAAUGAGAAGGCUUUGCGAGAGAGGACGCCUGCGAAUAACGGGGAGACCAUCACCAGCCUUCCCAUCAGUAUUCCCCUCAGCACAGUGCAGCCCAAUAAACUCCCUGUUAGUAUCCCCCUGGCCAGCGUAGUUCUACCUAGCCGUGUUGAGAAGGUGAGAAACACACCCAGCCCUGUCCACCAGAACCGUGACUCCUUUUCAACGCUUGAUAAACAAUGUGGUGCUAGUUCCCAUAACGGCAUGAGCAGUGUCGCUGCAAACAAGUCAUUUACUUUGGCUACCUCAGGUUUUUCAUACACGACAGGCUCUGGGUUGGCCAAUGGGACUCUUUCAAACAGCCCUGCCCAGCUUAACCACACUGUUGACCAUGCUGCUCUGGAGGAUGUGUCCAGUUCGGGAAGCUUGUUUAGUUCAGCGGGAUCUCGGAGUUCCACUCCACAGCACCCUUCCUUGCUGAUGAUGCCAUCACGGAAUUCAGGGCAGAACUCCCCUGCUCACCAGCACUCGGCGAGCCCCAGGAUGAAUGGGGCCUCUCAGGGUCUGGGAGGGGUACUGCAGUACAUGGACUCGCAGAAAGUGUUCACUGAAGGGACACGGGGGGAUGCACAGGCUGACGCAGCAUUCUCUGAUCCUGAAAGUGAGGGCAAGCGAAGGAUCAUCUUCACCAUCUCUCCUGCCACAGGAACCAUAAAGCAUUCUCCUUCCAGUAAGCACAGCUCCCUUACUGCAAGCAUACGGAUGGAGUGUGGGCAGGCCUAUGUACAGGAUGGGAAGAAGCGUGGCCGGAGGAAGCGGUCCUCCACGGGAACACCUAAUAUGAACUCCGGGGUCUCACCAAAACGCAAAUCGUUGCCAGCAGUGGCUGGACUCUUCGCUCAGCCUUCGGGGUCUCCACUGAAUAUCAGUUCAAUGGUCAGUAAUAUUAACCAGCCUUUAGAAAUCACCGCCAUUUCUUCCCCUGAAAACUCCCUGAAGAACUCCCCUGUCCCGUACCAGGACAACGACCAGCCCCCUGUGCUGAAGAAGGAGAAACCCAUUGCUCAGACCAACGGUAUUCAUUACUCACCGCUGACUUCUGACGAGGAGCAGGGCUCGGAGGACGACCAUAAUAGCACCCGAAUUGAAAGAAAAAUUGCAACAAUAUCACUGGACAGCAAAUCUCCACAAAAGCCAAUGGAGAGCAGCAUCAGCUUAGCUGGGAGAAAGCAAGCCAGCGAAAACAUGAAUAGCAGCAAAUGGAAGUCCACCUUUUCCCCAAUAUCUGACAUCAACCUGACCAAAACCACAGACAGUUCUCUGCAGGCGCCAUCAUCCCUGAGCCAGAACUCCCUCUUCACCUUCAGGCCCUCUUCUGAGGACACCGGCGACGGUCCCAAGGUUGCCGCUCACUCGAGGAAGCACAUGGCCAUGUCUGCUACAGGGACUGAGGGUCUCCACCAAAACACCAGUUCCAUGAAUGGAUUUGCUUACAGUGGUGGGCUGUCGGCGGACAUUGGUUUACAUAGCUUUAUCGAUGGUGCUUUGCUUCCACAUAAAACCAACGAUGCGACAACACUGGGGAGCUCCUCACUGGGGUUCCUGGUGCAGCGAAACAAAGAGCCUGGGGUUUCCGAGGCAAACCCAUUCUUGAGCAAAAGGCAGCUAGAGAGCUUGGGUGCCCUGAAAGGGGAAGACUUAAACUGGCCAGGGGCCAAAGGCAAAGAGGCUGGUGAAUUGAAUGUCCGUUUGGGGGGCUCUUCAGAAAAGGCCUUGGUGCUACACAAUGGCAAAACCAGCAAAGGGCGGGAGCGGGAGGCGGAGCUCAAGAACGGCCACAAUCUCUUCAUCUCUGCCACGGCAGCCGUCCCUUCUGGUGGCCUUCUGAAUGGUAAAAGCCUUGCCACGUCUGUCUCUGCCGCUGGUAGCCUGGCUGGGCCAGCUGUCUCUGCUCAGGCGCACCACCCCUUCUUGAACUCCUUGACCGCUGGCUCGCAGUUUCCCCUCGGCCCCGUGGCCUUGCAAGCGAACCUCAACUCUGUGACAAACUCCUCGGUACUGCAGUCCUUAUUUAACUCAAUGCCAGCUGCUGCUGGCCUGGUCCACGUGUCAUCGGCUGCAACACGCCUGACCAACUCGCAUGCCAUGGGGGGCUUCUCUCCGGGGGUUACAGGUGGAACAGUUGGAGGUAUUUUUAACCAUGUGGUGCCUUGUGCCUCCUCCUCUUCCUCCUCCUCCACUCCCUCUUCUUCCACUCCCUCUUUCUCCUCCUCCUCCUCUGCUCCUCUGCACUUUGGGGCUGCCCUCAGUAACAGCUCUGUUUCCAGCUGUGCGAUAUUAAAUUUAAAUCCUCUGCAGGUGGCAGCCAGCACCUCAUCCUUCCAUGUACCCCCUAAUGUGGUGACAUCCAGCGAAACCCAGCCAGCUCAGCCCCUCCACCGAGCAAUGGUGCAGCCCUCUCUUCUCACCCCUCCGCCCCCUCCUCCCCCUCCUAAUGUCUCAUUACCACCUCCACCUCCCCUCCGCGGAUCUUCUAACUCUGAGUCGUCUGUCCUUCUGCAGAGCUUAUCCUCUUUGCAAACAGCCGAGGCUUUCUUGCCACCAUCCUCCACUGCUAAUGCCGCUUUGUCUAUCAAACUAGCUUCUCUUCAGCACAAACCCUCCCGCCCCACCUUUACCAUCCACCACCCACCUUUGCCCCGCAUGGCGCUGGCGCAGGCUACACCCGCGAACCCGCAAUCCAACUCGGCGGCUGCGCCGGCUAUGUGGGUCUCCCUUGGCAUGCAGUCUCCUUACGCUUCGCACCUCUCUGGGGUUAAACCACGAUAAAGAGCUUGGCUUAGCUUAAGCAUUCAUGCUUUGAAAGGUAAGGCUUAUGAGGGGCAGCUGUUGGGGGGACAGGAAGAGAAGCUUGUGUAAAGAGACAGGUUAUUGUGGCUUCCCAUUCAGGAUAUUUUUCCCCCCAAUUAGGUUGCUAGUGC